AUGUGGAGGUUCACCAUCUUCACACUCACACUCAUCCUCCACCCAGCCACCUCCACACUCACCAACAGAAGGCUCCUUCGCCAACCCUUCCUCCCUACAUCAACCUCCGCCAACCCCCUCGCCGUUGCCUUCGCCGCCGCCACCUGCGCCCUCCUCCUCCUCGCCGUCUCUGCUCUCCUCUACUGCCUCCGUAGACGCAAGACCGUCUCCGCUGACCCCACCGUCAACUUAUUUCCCUGCCAUGCCGCCGCUGCCUCUCAGAAAGCGACGAACACCACAAACUCGCCGGAGCUCGAGCCGCUGCUCGCGCGACUAGCCUCAGACGAAGAACAACAACUCUGCUCGGCGAGAGGGAAGAUUUCAGAAUCUGAACUUGUAUGUGAACCAGAGGAAUCAAAUUCUGAAGAUGAUGUAGUAUCUGAUAAUGAGGCUGAAACCGAGGUUUUCCUACAUUUUCUAAUUUCACUCAGAGAAGAAAAAAAGAAACAAGCAGCCAAGUUGGAAGAAAUGCUGAAUUUCUUGAAUGAAGAUAUUAAGGAGGUAGAAAGAAGGUAUUCAAUUGGGAUAGAUUCAGUAUUUCCUUUGGCACUAAAGAAAAAUCCUGAAGUGAGAGGAAAUGGUUCACAUUCUCAAGAUUCUUCCAAUUCAGACAUUAGCAGAUUGAUACGUAGGUCAUUUGUUGAUGAAGAAAGAUUAAUGAGUAACAUAAAUCAGCUAGAGAGUUCAUACUUUUCCGCAAGAUCCCAAGUCCUGCCGAAAGAGGUUUCAUCUGUUUCAAGCAAUGAUAAAAAUGUGAUGGAAAGUGAAUGCAGGCUGCCUCAUGUAGAGAAUGUUGAUAGGGAGCCUGAAAGAAUUCAGAGUUCUGUAGCUUCUCUAGCAUCCUUCUGUGAAGGUUUAUGCAAGUUUGCUCGUUACAGCAAGUUUGAAGAGUGUGGCAGAUUAAGUGAUAGAAAUCAGUUUAGUUCUAGCAAUAUAAUAUGUGCUUUAAGUAUUGACCGUGAUGAAGAUUACAUUGCAGCAGCAGGAGUUUCAAGGAAAAUAAAGAUUUUUGACCUCAGUGCAUUUUCAAGUGAUUCUGUUGACAUCCAGUACCCAGUAGUUGAGAUGUCAAAUGAAUCAAAGCUUAGUAGUCUGUGUUGGAACACUUACAUACAAAAUCAUCUGGCAUCUGCUGACUAUGGUGGUGAGAUUCAGAUGUGGGAUGCAGGCACUGGUCAGUGUUUAUCUCAAUACAUGGAGCACCAAAAGAGAGCUUGGUCUGUUCACUUUUCUCUGUCAGACCCAAAAACGUUUGCUAGUGGAAGUGAUGACUGCUCUAGAAAUUCUCUGGAAACUAUCAGUAUGCCUGCCAAUAUAUGCUGUGUUCAGUUCUCUCCUCCAUCGACAAAUCUUUUAUUUUUUGGAUCAUCUGAUCACAAGGCUUAUGGUUAUGAUCUUCGUCACACUAGAAUCCCUUGGUGCACAUUAGUUGGUCACGGGAAAUCUGUGAGCUAUGUAAAAUUUAUAGAUGCUGACGCAGUUGUCACUGCUUCCACUGACAACUCUUUGAAGCUUUGGGACCUGAAGAAAACCAGUUAUUCUGAUUUGUCCUCUGAUGCUUGUGACUUAACCUUCAAAGGACAUAGCAAUGAAAAGAAUUUCGUGGGAUUAUCUGUUUCAGAUGGAUACAUUGCAUGUGGUUCAGAAUCUAAUGAGGUAUACUGUUAUCACAAAUCACUGCCAGUGCCAAUUGCUACUCAUGAAUUUGAGUCAACUGAUCCCAUUUCUGACUACCCAGAUAGGGGACAGUUUGUUUCUAGUGUUUGCUGGAGAAAGAAAUCUAACAUGCUUGUAGCCGGAAACUCAAAUGGAAUUGUGAAACUACUGCAGAUGCAGAUCCUCCAAAGUGCAAAACAGAAGUUUUCCCCUCAGAAACUUCUCAUCUAUAGGGUGUGUAACAAUUCACGAAUCAACAAGCCAGGGGCACCAGACAGACCUGAACUAUCUGCUUGGGGUCUGAAGUCAGACUAA